AUGGCUCAAGGAAAACGUCGUUCUAGACUUAAGAUUUAUCGUAGAGAUGAGAGCGAUCUACAAUUACCGUGUACUCUUUGGGUUGAUUACGCAAAAGAAGUUGCUGAUUACGUUAAACGUAAUUGCGCAUCCGUCGUUGUGGUUAUUAUAAGGCUUGCAUGUAUCAAAAACUAUCAAGGUGAGAUGAGCGACUCAAAUGCUUUUAAUACAACUCAGAUUUUGUUUGAUCCAGUGUGUCCUCUUGUGGCGAAAUUCCGAUCUGAGUUGCCUCAAGAUAAGUAUAUUCUCAUUCCUAACGAAGAUGAUUUGGGUAUAGAUUCUAAAGAUUCAUUAAACAAUGAAUUUUUGGGAACUAAUAUUAGGCGAAAGUUAAGUUCUAUACAUUCGAUCGAUACGGUUGGUAAGUAUGUGACAUUGGCGACCAUACGCUCGGUUGCCAAUAGUAAUUCGUGUUUCUUUCUGUUGUUGAACGUGGACGAUGGUUUUGGAGGGACGACAGUCUUUGUCGUGUUCGACAAAAUUGCUCAAAAAUUGUUUAAGAAGACUGCCGAGGAAGUUUUCGAAGAGUCUGUUAGGGAUAAUUCGUCUAGACUGCCUCAAUCACUGCGUGAUCUAGAAGGAAAAGAGUUCAUUUUUAAGGUUGUUGUAACGGAGGAUAAUGUCAAAAAGGUUAAGACUUCAUUUUCGGUUGACCGGUUUACAUCUGAUGACUAUAUGAUUCAGACGUUCUGUAGUCAGGUCUAUUCUGAGAUUGUACCUGCAUCUUCUAAAAGUGACUGUGAUGCUCCUGAUGACAUUGUUAAACUAAAUACAAAUGUUUCUAUCGAGAAGACAGCUCCUGUGAGUUCUAAAAGAGAUCGUGAGGAUCCUGACGUCAUUCCUACUCCUGUCAAAACAUCUGGAUCUAGAAGGAAGAAGAAUUCUAUGUCAUAG